CCAGGUGCCUUUUCCUCCGGGCAGCCCAGGAUUCUCCAAGAGGACAAUGGAUUCUGGAACUCGCCCAGUUGGUAGCUGUAACAGCCCUGCAGGGCUGUCACGGGAAUACAAACUAGUGAUGCUAGGUGCUGGCGGUGUAGGGAAAAGCGCCAUGACCAUGCAGUUCAUCAGCCACCGAUUUCCAGAAGAUCAUGACCCCACCAUUGAAGAUGCUUAUAAAAUCCGGAUCCGUAUUGAUGAUGAGCCUGCCAAUCUGGACAUUUUGGAUACGGCUGGACAGGCAGAGUUUACCGCCAUGCGGGAUCAGUAUAUGAGGGCAGGAGAAGGGUUUAUCAUCUGUUAUUCUAUCACCGAUCGGAGAAGUUUCCAUGAAGUUCGGGAGUUUAAGCAGCUGAUUUAUCGAGUUCGCCGUACUGAUGAUACUCCUGUGGUUCUUGUGGGAAACAAGUCUGACCUAAAGCAACUAAGACAGGUCUCCAAGGAAGAAGGAUUGGCUUUGGCCCGAGAAUUCAGCUGCCCCUUUUUUGAGACAUCUGCUGCAUACCGCUACUACAUUGAUGAUGUCUUCCAUGCUCUCGUACGGGAGAUACGUAGGAAAGAAAAGGAGGCAGUACUGGCCAUGGAGAAAAAAUCUAAACCCAAAAACAGCGUCUGGAAGAGGCUAAAAUCACCAUUCCGGAAGAAGAAAGAUUCAGUAACUUGAAAGGAAGCUGGGAAGUGUGUAUCUGUGAACUGCAGAGCUUAAUCAAAGCAGUCCAGUAACCUGCAUUAGUGAGCGUGGUGCUCGUUCUUUCUCCUGCUAGGACCAUUAUUUUAAAAAUAACUGAUGAAGGGGACAAACCCACUAGGAGUUUUCAGUGAUGCGGUAUUUAAAAUAUUGUGUCUCAGCUAAUUCUGAUGUUAUUAACCCAGUGGAGCACUGUCUACUUUUAAAUCGUCACAUUAGAAUUUGAUCUGCCACUGUUUUGGGUUCUGUUGCUGAUAUUAAUUAAUUAAUGUAAAUGUUUUAUACCCAGGGGAAUACGAAUGCCAUGUACAUCUGACUCAGCUCACAAAAGGAAUUUUUUUGCCAUGCACUAUUCUGCAAUCUCUUUCAACUCAAUUUCCUGGGACUAUCCUGGGAAAGAACCUCAGUCUUUACUAAAAAAUUCAUGCUGUGCUUCCUGGAGACAGAACAAAAAUCUUAUCAGGGAAUCAGUUCUAAAGAGAUCAUUGCUAAAGUUCAGCAAAUAGCUGUGGAACUUCUGUUGUGGAUUGUGGAAUUAUAAGAUUGGGGAAAUCAGGCCAUAUGUUUUCACGGGAACUUGGCGAGAAAAAGGUGGGAUCAGAACGGUGUUCCCCAGAGGAGCCUGUUUUUUCUAAGUACACAUAUGACCUAAAUGCACUGGGAUGCAUGAGAACAAACAGAAGCAUAUAAAAUGUAAUGAAGGCUUCUUCUGUGAGGUUAUUUCUUUCUUCCUUUCAGGGUUUUGCCUUUCUUUACCUUCAAAGGUAAAUAAACACUUUGGGAACCAUUACUGGAUUACAAAACUCUUGGUUAAUCUUAAUCCUUGGUUAGGACAACCGUGGCCUUAUACAGGUUUGUUUUUCCCCCAGAGAUGGACACACCAAUAUAUUUACAUUAAUUGCUUCCUAGUGCUUUCCCUUAGCUUCCCUACUCUCUAGAAGAGCCAGGCCUGGCAAAAUGUUUUUUAGGCCCUUUGUCAGACCAAUCGCAUUUUCCAUACAGAAAAAACAUCAGGAUUAGUAAAAUCGUGUAUGUGCCUCGUUGAAAUAGACAAUCACUAGACUCAGUGUUCUACAAAAGCCUGUAGCAUUUCUGUGUAAUGAGCCAGUCUUGAAGCUUUAAAAUUGCCAUGCGUUGAGUUUCUCAUUGAAGAUUUCUUUCUUUUGUUUUUGCUUUUUAUGGCCGAACCCAUGGCAUUUGGAGGUUCCCAGGCUAGGGGUCAAAUCAGAGCUGUAGCUGCUGGCUUACGCCACAGGCACAGCAACGCAGGAUCUGAGCCUUGUCUUCGACCUACACAGCUCAUGGCAACACCAGAUCCUUAACCCACUAAGCGUGGUCAGAGGUCAAACCUGCGUCCUCAUGGAUGCUGGUCAGAUUCGUUAACUGCUGAGCCACGAUGGGAACUCCUCUCACUGAAGAUUUCUUUACAAGGACUUUGCUAAGUUCACGUCAGGAUUUUCUGAGCCUUGACAAAGUUUCAUGCAAGAGAAUACCACUUUGAUAACUGUGUACUUGAGAAACUAUCCUCUUUUCCUGGGAAUAAUCAGCUUUAAAUAUUGGUGGUGAGCUCUUUCUUUUAGAAUCAGGAUUAUUUUGAUAACCUUAACUUGUUAUAUGUGGAGAUUUAAAUUCAAAAAAGUGCUAAGAGUAAUAUAGCAUAUUUUGAAUAUUCAGUGUCACUAAGAAGUAGUGUCAGUGACCACUUUAAGAACAUGACUUUGGGUGGCACCUCUUAAAAAGUGCACAGCUCCUUACUGCUUUCCGUUUUUGUUACGGGCAGGACAGGAUUGUUAAUGUGUUUCCUUCCAUCAGUGGUUUGUGUUCUAGAUUUAAAGAGAAGUGAUGGUUGUAACAUUUUUAGCUGAGUAGUGAUCCCCAUUUGAAACUCCUAGAAAUGUUUUUGCUACCAAAUAGGUCAUGUUUUAUGGUACUCAAGCCAUCCAAAAGUGAAAGAAUGAAUUUGAAUCUAUGCAGGACAAAAAUUGUAUAGGAACCAUAGCACUUUGGAGAAACAUGAAGUUAGAAAAGAAAUACAGUGCAAUUCUGUUGUAACAGUAUUUCACCACAUUUAAACUAGCUUAGAACCUGUGAGGUUUAAUGCCUUAGCUUCUUAUUACUAAUGACCUAGGGAAUUGUUAUUAGCAUCAAGCAUGUAGUUGACAUCUCUGUAGUUAUUCAGGAUAGUCAAGGCAGCAGAGAAGAUUGCCAGGGAAAAAAAAUCUGUAAGACAAGAGGGACUUUUUAUUGUAUAUAAGAAAAAUAACAAACUAGUGUGUUUAGGACUAUCACUGUUGGGAGUUCCUGUGUGACUCAGUGGGUUAAGAACCUGACUAGUAUCCUUGAGGUUGUGGGUUCAAUCCCUGGCCUCACUUAGUGGAUUAAUGAUCAGGCGUUGACACGAGCUGGGGUGUAGGUCACAGAUAUGGCUCGGAUCUGGCGUGGCUGUGGCUGUGGUGUCAGCCAGAAGCUGCAGCUCUGAUUCGACCCCCUAGUCUGGGAACUUCCUAUGCCACAGCUGUGGCCCUAAAAAGGAAGGGAAAAAAAAAAAAAGACUAUCACUGUCAUAUAUUUGAUCAUUGGAUUAAUUAGCCCAUCAAUUAGUAUUGAGAAUUCUAUUCAUGGUGCUGAAUAGUUUGAGGGGUAUAAUAUUGUGUAAGUCAUAGCUCUAAGUGAUUGUAUAGUGUACAUAAAUUAUAAUCUCUAAAUAGUCAGCUUUAUCUAAUUCGAGGGCAUUAAAAUCAAUUACUGCCUGGAACUUUGAAGAGAGAAAAAUUCAGGGACAAGUUGAAAAGCACUGGAAUUGUUCAUGUCCAUACCAGAUUGGUAAGUUACAAAAUUUAGAAGCUGGUGUCUAGAAUUAACUGUUUAGAAUUCAAAAGGGGAGGUAUGUUUUAACUUUGUGAUAUAUUAGCAAGAAUUGGUCUACUGUAAUGUUUGGGGAGGAGAGGGAAGAAGUUUUUCACUCAUGCACUUGUAUAUGAAGACAGUUUGUAUGACACAAUACAAAACUUUUAAACAACU